AUGGAUCGCCUGGACACCUUACUUCUCAAUGCUCGCACCCGGCUUGGCUGCAGCGGCCUCCGCGAUCUGGCCGAUCUGGCUCAGAUGAGACAGGACACGCUGGAAAAACGCAUCGCGAGUGCCCAGCACCUACUGACGGUACGCAACACUCUUUCCAUAUACACAGCCUGGCUUUGGAAAAAGACCUUCUCCAUUGCGCCCAAGGACUUGCAAGCCGUCAUGGGAAAAUGGUGCGUGUAUCUAUGGGGCAUCGGAUGCACACGCGAGAUGGCGCACCUGGCAUGGACAACGGCGCAGACCAUGCUUGGCCCUCCCGUGAGCCAGAGUUCGCCCCUCGGCGAAUUGCAGAUGGGCGUCGGGUUUGCCAUUGCAUAUCAAUUUUCCUUCCUGCCUCCUCCUACUAAGCGGAGCUUCGCUGUGCUAGCGGACGGUGCUGGCUCUGAAGAGGGGGAGGUGGCAGAUAGCCAAGAUGCACUCUCGCCAACCGCAAAGAGGCGAAAGGCCAGCCAUGCCGGCCAGGGUAUACCUGCGGCCCCUUUUUGUCAGCCGGCACGCCGGGGAGACGUUCUCCCUGUGUCUCCCCGUAACAAGGCCCCGGGAUCGCAUUUCGUUGAAACACGCCAGGCCCAAGAGGAGAAUCAAACACCUUGGACACGAGACGGCUUCAACUUCAACUUUAGACGUAAGUGCAGCUUGGCCGUCGGAAAAACAUAA